ACAAAACACAAGUAAAACUUCUUUUAAUCCAUACCCUAACUUUUACGACAUCUUGUCUUAAAAUAUAUGUAUAUAUUUGCUUCACUUCCCCAACUCUUCUCUCUACUUUUAUGUUUCACAUAUCAGUUGUACUCUUUACACAACCAAUUUUCUUGUUUAGCCUUCCCCAUUUCCCUCACCUCUAAACAAUAUGCCAAACCUUAAUCUUUGCUUCAAUAAACUCAAAUGUCCAUUGCCCCCACAAUCCUCCGACAAUAAUAAUAAUAAUGAACGUCAUCAACAACAACAUCAUCAUAGUAUGCAUUUUUGCAAUUCCAUUAAAAACUUCAACUCGCUUUACGACUUAUCAUCAGAGUGCAACUCUAAUACUUAUUCCGCUACUAUACUCGAUGAAUCCGAUUAUAUGUACGAAUUAGACUCUACACCCGAUUUAGCCACGGCUUAUGCCUCUCAACGUUUUUUUUUCUCGACCCCGGGCCAUUCCAACUCUAUCAUCGACUCGUCAUCAUCGUCAAUGUCUUCUUCUUUGGCAUCUACCUCAAUAUCCUCCGUGGAAUCGGAUGCUCCCCUCGAUGGGAGCAUCGCGAUCCCCACGGAUUCACCCGACCCGUAUUUGGAUUUCCGAAGAUCAAUGCAAGAAAUGGUGGAGGCUCGUGGGUUAAGUGAUAUAAAAGGCAAUUGGGAAUCGUUACAUGAACUUCUCAUGUGUUAUCUUACAUUAAAUCCAAAGAGCACACAUAAGUACAUAGUUGGUGCAUUUUCCGACCUUAUUGUCUGCCUUAUGGCAUCAAAAUCACAACAUUUAGAUCCAUCGGCUGGCAGCACAAGUAAGUGUUACAAGAAUCCAAGUGAAUAAUUUAUUCACUUACAUUUACAUUUUAUUUUUAGUGGACAAAAUUAUCUGAUAUUUUGUACGUGUAAAAAUGUAUGUACAUUAUGGAGAGGUUCAAUUUGGUCCCCGGCUACUAAAUUGCUGUUGUCUUGAAUAACACGAAU